AUGAUAGAUACCGGAAGUUCACGCUCAUUUAUUAGCCCUAAGCUGGUUACUAAAUAUUUCGAAAAUUUUAAGUACUAUGAACCCUUUGAAGUAAUUAGCACACACGCAACUAGUAAGCACGACGAAGUAAUAUAUAUACCAUUAUUUCCAACCUUUAAUAGUGACGAUAUGCAUAAAUUUUAUAUAUAUGACGUAGACGGACGUUACGACGGACUAAUAGGAAGUGAUCUACUAAAACAGCUAGAUACAAAAAUUGAUAUGAAAAAUUUAUUACUACAUACAAAUACCACUAAAAUACCUAUAAUAUAUAAUCCCGGUUGUUCAAUUAAAAUAGCCCCACGUUGUGAACAAAGAGUUAGGUUACCUACAAACCUACGGAACGGACAAGCAAUAAUGAAUUAUAAAAUAUUUUGUGAUGGAGUUAGAAUGCCUAGUGCAAUAGUAAGAUGCGAAAACGGUUUCGCGACGACGGUCAUACAAAACAUUAAAGACCGCGAAGUAACUUUAAAUUUCCUUACACCAGUAACCGUAACUGAAUACAAUAGUGACACAUGUGAAAUUAACAAUAUAACUGACAUUGACAUGACAAACAUAGACGUAGAUAGUAUAUUAACCGAAAAUUUAAAUAAUAAAUUACGAUUAGAUCACAUGAAUGAAGAGGAGAAAACAUACAUUCGUAAACUCUGCUCAGAAUAUAAAGAUAUAUUUUAUUCUGAAAAACUACCCUUGACUUUUACCAACGAUGUUAAACACCACAUUCGCACUCGUAACGAAGACCCUAUUUUUAUACGACCAUAUAGACAGCCCCAAGUGAUUAACGACGAAAUAAAUAGACAGGUUGAGAAAAUGUUAGAAAAUAAUAUAGUAACUCACUCUCACUCACCCUGGAGUGCACCCGUGCACCUAGUACCAAAAAAAAUGGACGCUAGUAAUGAAAAGAAAUAUAGACUUGUAAUAGAUUACCGUAAACUUAAUGAAAUUACCAUCGAUGACAAAUACCCAUUACCAAAUAUUACAGACUUAUUUGACAAAUUAGGACGCAGCUGUUACUUCUCUACCCUAGAUUUAGCUAGUGGUUACCAUCAAAUUGAAGUCGCUGAAAAGGACAGACAAAAAACCGCAUUUAGCACAAAUACAGGACAUUAUGAGUUUACUCGUAUGCCCUUCGGACUUAAGACAGCUCCGGCUACUUUUCAAAGAACCAUCGAUAAUGUGCUGCGAGGACUACAAGGAAUACACUGCCUAGUAUAUUUAGAUGAUAUUAUCGUCUAUUCGUCUAGCCUUCAAGAACAUUUAGACAAAUUAAGGACCAUUUUUGACAGACUUCGAAAAACCAACCUUAAGGUACAAUUAGACAAGUCAGAAUUUUUGAGGAAAGAAGUUCUAUACUUAGGACAUACAAUCACGAGCAAUGGCCUUAAGCCUAAUAAUGAUAAGAUUAAAGCAGUUUUAAACUACCCCCUACCCCGUACUACUACCGAAAUAAAAAGUUUCUUAGGACUAAUUGGUUAUUAUAGACGUUUCAUAAAAGACUUUGCAAAGAUUACACAACCUAUGACCGCUAGAUUAAAAAAGAAACGUUCAAUGCCAAUAGACGACGAAAAAUAUAUAGCCGCCUUCCAAAAAUGUAAAGAGUUAUUAGUAAAUGCCCCUAUCUUACAAUAUCCAGACCCUGAAAAACCAUAUAUAUUAACAACAGACGCUUCAGAAUUCGCUCUCGGUGCAAUAUUAUCACAAGGAACAGUAGGAAAUGACAAACCUGUGGCGUAUGCCAGCCGAACUUUAAAUGAUGCUGAAACACGGUAUAGUGUAACUGAAAAGGAAUUGCUUGCAAUCGUUUGGGCAGUCAAACAUUUUCGACCCUAUCUUUAUGGUAGAAAAUUUACAAUUGUGACUGAUCAUAAACCCCUCACUUGGCUUAAUACCCUUAAAGAGACAAACAGUAGACUGACCCGUUGGAGACUUAGACUAUCAGAAUACGACUUUAACAUCAUCCAUAAAAGUGGAAAACUGAAUAAUAACGCAGACGCCUUAUCGCGUAUUAAAAUAAAUGCCUUAGACAAAGAUAAUAGCUCAAUGAAAGUAAACGUUGACAAAGAUAUAAAUAGAAAUAAACGUGUAAAAGAAAUUAUUAAAGAAAUAGAAAAUUUGCGUAGAGAACCCGAGGAAAAUUUAGAAACUAUGUCUAUUUCCGACACAGACUCUGAGCGAACUUUAACAGCCCAUUGUCGCUCACCUUACUCAAUACCAUACUCUAGUUCCACCCUGACCGCAUCCGAAGGUUCACCUAGUAACACAGAAACUGCUCAUUCCGCACAAGAUACAGAAUCGAAAGGUAUUCCUAUCUUACAAGAAGCCAUAGAUACAAAACCAAAUCAAAUUUUAGUCUAUACAUGGCUUAUCGACAAACUCUCAGUUAAAAAUAUGUCUAGAGAAAAACAAAGAAUUUUAGAAGUCCACCUACCAGUUAAUCGACCUGACCUCGUUAAACAGUUUCUUAAGGAAUACAUAAAGAACAACACUAAAUACUUCAUUUAUUUCGAAGAUGACCAACAUAGGAGACAAUUUACAGAAGCAGUAAUCUUUUUAUUCAAAAAGGAAAUGGUACAAUUUUUCGAAUGCACUAAAAGAGUAGUUUUUAUUGAAAAUGAAUUAGAACAAAAAGAAAUCGUUGAAAAAUAUCAUACAGGUAAAACAUGUCACCGAGGUAUAAGAGAAACACUUACACACAUUAAACGCACAUACUUUUGGCAUAAAAUGGAACAAACCGUUUCAAGUGUCAUAAACUCUUGUGAAGUAUGUAAACGUAUGAAAUACGACAGGAAACCUCUCAGACCUACACUACAAUUAACACAGACACAGACUAAACCUUUAGAAGAACUUUUUAUCGACUUAUUUACUAUCGAAGGACAUUACUAUCUUACUAUUAUUGACGCCUUCAGCAAACUGGGACAAGCACUAGAAAUUACAAACCGAUCUACUCCUGAAAUAGUACGAGCCCUAAUAAAAUACUUUUCAUUUUAUGGGAUACCCCAAAAAAUUAGCUCGGAUCCUGGUACAGAAUUUAAUAAUGCACUUCUAAAAGAACUCUUAGCAUUUUACAAAAUAGAUUUACACAUCAGUACACCUAACAACCCGAACUCCAUGGGACUCAUAGAAAGGUUCCAUUCCACAAUACUAGAAAUAUAUAGAUUGGCUAAAUACGAACAAAAAUACACGGAUGCAGCAUCCAUAAUGACCUAUGCUAUUAUGGCCUAUAAUCAGUCAAUUCACUCCAGUACUGGCUACACCCCAUUCGAGAUAUUCCUAGGUCACACAGACUCUAGAAAUACUUUUGAUGCCGACUUUAAUAAGCAAUAUAUACAACAAUUAAUAAAAGAACACGCAAAAAGAACUAAAUUUUUAUACAAACAUAUUUCGGAACAAACAAUAAAAAUGAAGGAAAAACGAAAUGAAAAAAGAGCAGGAGAAACAGAAUUUAAUAUUAAACCAGGAGACACCAUAUUUUCCAAAAACACAAAUAAAAGAAUUAGCAAAGAUAAGCCGCGUUACCAAAAAGCUAUAGUUACAGAUGACAUAGUCAGAAACACAGUUCCCGUUCAAAUAAAAGAACGCAGUACAAAAGUUCCACUAAAAAACAUUAAACGCCCUUCACAGGCACCUCCGCGUCCUCCUGAUGACGAUCAUGACGAUGCAAGUCCACGCCAUUCAACUUCAGGUAUUAAGUAACAAUCCCGGAGUUUUACCCGUCAGGGAAGGCACUGCUGUUUUGAGCAAAGACAAGUGGAUAAUAGCAAGAGUAUUGGACUUUAAACCUAUUAGAGAAGACUUAGAUAUUAAUAUUCAAUGUUUCAGGGAACUAAAUAGUUUAGUUAGUGUUAAGUUUAUUAAGAACUUUACUUAUAAUUUUAUAGAUGUAAGAGAACAAGUAGAAUAUAUGCAAAAUCUAACAGUAAGCAAAUUCGAACAAAUCACUCCUACCUUUAAAAUCAAACGCGGACUGAUUAACCCAAUUGGAUCAUUAAUUAAAAUCAUUACAGGAAAUCUGGAUCACGAUGAUGCCAUAAAAUACGAUAAAUUAAUUAGUGAAAUAAAAUCAGAUCAAGACGCUAAUGAUAAAAAAAUAACGUUAAUCUCUGAAAUGGUGCAAAUUCUAUCUAAUUCAACCAUUACCUUAAAUAGAAACCUCAUUCGAUUGAAUAGAGAAAUUGCAACAUUGUGGCAAAAUUAUACUGAAAAUUUACGAAUUGAACACUUUGAAGUUCAAAUCAUAUCCGCAUACAAUAAAAUAUACCAUAACCUUCAGACGAUUCAUGUUAAACUAAGUGAAAUAGAAACUAGUUUUGCACUUAGUAGAUUAGGAAUAUUACAUCAAUCCAUUAUUGAUUCAAACAAAUUAUUAAGUUUACUUGAAAAUAUUCAUAAGAAAGAUAAAUUAGUUUAUACCCCUAUUUUAGAAAAUUUAGUUAAGAUAGAGCAAACGAUAACACUUAAGGCUUAUUUUAAGAAGAGCCAAAUUACCUACGUUUUGGAAAUACCUUUGAUCGAAAAGGAAAGCUAUAUCUAUUAUAAGCUAAUACCAUUGCCCGUAUCUAAAAAUCCCACAGUAAUUAUCCUUCCAAAAUAUCCCUACCUCUUAGCGAAAGGGUUGAAGAUCAGACUGCUUGCCCAGCCAUGCCAGGAAAUCGACGAGGCCAGCUUCAUCUGCAUCAACGAUGAGAUGCUACAAUUCAUACAAGACCCCUGCAUAACUGAUCUAAUGAUGUACGUAGAAAACGUGAAAUCAUGCAUUCAAAUUCCAGUAAUUAUAGAAGACAUCAAAAUUCAGAUUCUACAACAAAACCAAUGGAUUUUAUACGCUGGAGAUGAGACAUUACUCACCAAAACCUGUCCUGAAGAAAUAUCCCGACAGAAAAUCCAAGGCACCUAUAUACUCACCCUUGAUGACCCCUGUGAAAUUAAGAUCCGAAAUAUAACUCUGAAAAUGCGCCAAACCAAUGUGGAAAAUGUAGAAUAUACAAAAUCACCGAUGCUCAAUUUACCCCUACUUGAUUCAACGAGUAAAAUAAAAACUGCAGAACCAGUGCACCUGGAAGACGUCGAUCUUACAGACUUGAAGAUCCUCUCAUUCGCCCUGAAGAAAAGUGUUAGUGGUUGUGAAAACAGUGAAAAGGCAAUUAUCCGUGUGAAAAGUGUUAGCGUUUGGACUCUUUGCAUCUAUGUAAUUUUAAUAACUUUCAUGUUAUGUGCCUUAGUAUAUAAGUUCCGUAUGAAAUUUUGUAAGAUUUCAGUACGUAGUUCUCCUGAAACAGAGAACUCCGUUCUUAAGGAGGGAGGAGUUACGUCGGGCACCUCUGCUGACGCAUGUCUGCAAAGGCAGAUCUUCGGCGAACUCAACUGCUGAAUUGUGGAAUUCGCAGACGACGGCAUCCGCUGGACCGGUGGUCCGAUGCCCUUCCCGUUAGAUUAAGAUUAGUAAUAAGUUAGUCUUAAGUCAGAUUUGGUACGGAAUAAACGUUCAUAAAAUAUAAUUUCUAUUUUUUAAAACGUACUCCGCGUGGCCCGCAACUUGACUAUCUACUCUCAAUUUGACAACAGACGUCAAGAACAAAAGUUAGACAAUAAAUAGUAUGCAUGCGUGUGUGCGUCAAAUACAUGGUAUGUAGUGUGUGUAAUGUUUUCUUUAUUGAUUUAAUGUAUCUUUUAUGCAUUAUUUAAAAAAAAUAUUAGCAUUGUGCACUUCUUCUCUAUAUUCUCUAUAAGUGUGGAAAAUUUCAUACUCCUCCGUCCGCGCAAUUUUCGUAAAAAGGGAUACAAAGUUUUUUAUUCACGUAUUAAUUUAAAAAUAUUUUGAGAUCAACGAUUUGUUUUUCUAAAUAAGCUUCUAAAACAUUAUUUGAAACCGCUUUUUGCUCCUUAGUACGUUAGCUGUUUUUCCCCCUACCUUUUCGCUGGUAGCCUAAGAGGCUAUUCCAGCUACGAACUGGCUGGUAGAUAAACUCAAGAGGCUGAUAGAUUUAUCAAGGAAUCUUCUAAUAGUAAAGGCUUCGUCAAACAGAACGCGUACUUAGCGCCGCGUUUUAACGUCGCGCUCUUUUCAUGUCACACCAAUUGACUAAUGAGUAUAACGCUCCUUGACGCAACGCAUUCGACAAAUCAUAGUGCCUUUCGAUAGCAGUGUAAAAAUUUAAAAGUAAUAAGAUAUCGAGUGAUUCAGAUGUGGCAUUGUAUAAGCAUGGGUAUUUUCUAACUAUUUAUAUCAUUUUUUCGGGCAUUAUCUAGUAUUUUAAUACACAUUCACUCGGACGCUAAAAUAAAAUUUGUAAAAAAUUACAACGCCUGACGUCAAAGCGUCCUAACGCCGCGACAGAGCGGUGUGUACUUAUAGCGCUGGGGCUGUUUGACGGUAUUUUACCAUAGUAGUACAACACAUCUCCGCGUCAUAGCGCGCCGUCAGUUUAGCGCUCUGACGCGCGCUAAUUACUGUUUGACGAAGCCUUAAAGUUAGUGGGAAAGGCGUACGAACAAUCGGCGGCUGUAAACAGAGAUACUUACUAACUUUACGUAAAAACAAACCAGAAACUUUAAAAAUAAUUCUCUUUUGUUUGAUCAUUUCAUGCGUUCUUACUCCGAGCUAUUGUUUGUUUUGUUAAGAAAUAUUGUUAUUCUCGUAUUAUUGUUGUUUAAAACAAAAUCAUUGAAGCUUAAGUUUUUAAUAUAGUACUAAUAGCUGUGUUGGAAGGUGAAUAGAAAAAAAAACUAAGAAGCGGUCAUUGAACAUUUGAAUGAUGUUUUUUGGAACGUAGUUCCUUAUAAGACUUUUUUUCUUACUUAUGCUGAUAGCCUUGAGAGGCUAUUUCAGCGUAACCUUAACUAGUAGGUGAGCUCACAGGGCUCAAACCGGAUUAAUGCUAGCACUGACCCUAGCAAGAGCAGUGCUUCGCAAAAUCUACCAACUACAACUUUCCUGCCUAUGCUGAUAGCAUAGGCAGGGAAAAAAAAAGAUCCGGAAGGCGUGAUUGCUUCGCGAGCGGAACAGGCAAGAUUGUGAUGUCCAUCCAUGCGGGCCAACCCUACGAUUUUCCAUCACUAAUUAGAUAAUAGUAACAUAGUCUUUCUGUGAAAUAUUAUGGAAUUUAAAAUAUGACAUCAUUCAUUAAAACAAUGUGAAAAUUCUAUCAGAGUAUAACUCUCUUAAUUAAUUAUUAUUAUGUAUCAGUGAGAAUAUAAACUGUUUGAUCUGUUUUUAGAUCUUGUUAUCGAGCAACACUUCCGGCCUCACAUAAUAAAUUAUUUACGAACUUAGGAAAUAUAUAGAACUUAUUAUUCUUAUAAUAUAAUUAGUAAUUUCAUAAUCAAGUAAAUAGUUCAUUCAUAUUUUCUUUAUACUUAUAAUAUUUUAUUGGCGCCUUCCGCUUGACAGCUUCCGGCGCAAUAAGCCUUAAUGUUAUUUGUUACAUAAUUCGAUAUUAUUAAAUAAUAAUUGUACGUAAAUAAUCAGCAGAAUAAUUAAGAUGAACAAUGUUUAAUAUUACCUACUCAGUUUGUAUUAAAAUAGGUCAAGAUGAUUGUAUAAAUACCGACGGUUAGCAUAUCUCUGUUGCAUUCGUAUUCUACCCACCAUAACGUGUACUAAAGAGAAUAUAUUAUUUCGUGUGGAUGUAAAUUGUCUGAAUUGUCGCCGCCACCCUGAGGAUCCGUUUAUACUUCAGAAGCGGGAUUAUGCCAGGCCCAUACAUUGACGGAUUUGAGACCGCUGAGAAACACAGGCGAUACAAAAUGCGACGUGUCACCCAAACCGAUGCGGAGGUUAUUCCAACGUUCCGGCCGGAUGAAAAAUCUAGCAACGUCAAGGGAUGGCUGCACAAGAUCGACCAGUUGGAUCACGUAUAUGGAUGGGACAACAAAGACUGCCAGUUCAUCAUGCAGAUAUGUCUUCGUGGGUCGGCUAGAGAUUGUGCGAUACACCACCGCAACUAUACUACACAUCCGCGAAUGGCUACCACAUGGAGAAGGUGCUGUUGCUCCAGUUGCAAGAGGGACCGACUUUCAACCAAAGAAAUGUUACGCCUGCCGAAGAGAAGGUCGUGAAACAAAGAACUGCAAAGAGCCGCGCUGCGAGGUGUGCCAUCGCCCGAGACACACGUCGGUCAGCUGAUGGUAUGCGGCCAGCUCUUCACACCCAAAAGUGCCAUACACCAGCGACAAACCAGGCUCCAAUAGCAGCGCUGAACGCCGUGGGACACGGCAUACACAGGAUGGCCGAAUGUUAUCGAGCAACACUUCCGGCAUCACAUAAUAAAUUAUUUACGAACUUAGGAAAUAUAUAGAACUUAUUAUUCUUAUAAUAUAAUUAGUAAUUUCAUAAUCAAGUAAAUAGUUCAUUCAUAUUUUCUUUAUACUUAUAAUAUUUUAUUGGCGCCUUCCGCUUGACAGCUUCCGGCGCAAUAAGCCUUAAUGUUAUUUGUUACAUAAUUCGAUAUUAUUAAAUAAUAAUUGUACGUAAAUAAUCAGCAGAAUAAUUAAGAUGAACAAUGUUUAAUAUUACCUACUCAGUUUGUAUUAAAAUAGGUCAAGAUGAUUGUAUAAAUACCGACGGUUAGCAUAUCUCUGUUGCAUUCGUAUUCUACCCACCAUAACGUGUACUAAAGAGAAUAUAUUAUUUCGUGUGGA